GUGACCUUGGCGUGGCGUCACACCCGGAAGCAGCCCUGCAGCGGAGCGGGCAGCAAUGAGUGGGGAGCCGGGCCAGGUGUCCGUAGUGCCCCCUCCCGGGGAGGUGGAAGCGGGCAGUGGAGUCCGCAUCGUGGUGGAGUACUGUGAACCCUGCGGCUUUGAGUCGACCUACCUGGAGCUGGCCAGCGCCGUGAAGGAGGAGUAUCCCGGCAUCGAGAUUGAGUCGCGGCACGGGGGGACAGGGGCCUUCGAGAUUGAGAUCAAUGGACAGCUGGUGUUCUCCAAGCUGGAGAAUGGGGGGUUUCCUUAUGAGAAAGACCUCAUCGAAGCCAUCCGAAGAGCCAGCAAUGGAGAACCCUUAGAAAAGAUCACCAACAGCCGGCCUCCCUGUGUCAUCCUGUGACUACACAGCACUCUUGGGAGAUUGGUUCUGGAGUUCAGACCUUUGUUUCCUUGUGGUUCCGCUAGGAACUCCCUCUGCCUUUUGCCCCUCACCUUAGCUCUAGGUAGCUAGGACCCCGACCUCCACGCUGCCUCUUUGGACACAAGGAGGGAUUAGACAUUUCUGUGGUCUUGAAGGCAGAAAAGAGAUGUUCUCCGUGGACAUUUCCGCAGCCACCUCACACCCCUUUCCCAGGAUCCAUGCCCUAUGCAGUUCGGUCCUCUCCCCAGCUUGGCAAUACCUGCCAAAUACAGCCACAAUCGCUGUAACUUAUUUUCCUGGGAGCAUCAGCUCUUGGCAAUAAAGGUUAACUACAAACA